GACCAUUUAAUGGUGCUGAUGCUGUUGGUGUUUGAGGCAACAGUGUAUCGUCACCAGGCUCACCACUACCGUCAGCUGCAGCGGUCUCCCCCCACCAUCCCUGCUCUGUUUCCCGCCGCCACCAGGGACACUCUGGACCAGGGCCUCCUCCCCUGCUUCAAGUACCUGCUCAACUACACCUUCUACAAGUUUGGAUUAGAGAUCUGCUUCCUGAUGACGGUGAAUGUGAUUGGCCAGCGGAUGAACUUCUUGGUGAUCAUCCAUGGCUGCUGGUUGGUGGCCAUCUUGGUGAGGCGGCGGCGAGCAGCUAUAGCCAGGAUCUGGCCCAAAUAUUGUCUCUUCCUGUCCAUCUUCAUGAUCUACCAGUAUCUCCUGUGUGUGGGCAUACCACCCGCUCUCUGCAGAG